UGGACCCGGCCCGGCCGUUCCGCACCUCCGCCGAGUUUGGCCAGCCCAGAAGGGCAGCCAAAAAUUCAGCAUGCAGGAAGUUUGGAGGCAGCUCGGAGAGUAGAGCGUCGGCGGCGGCUGCUGCUUCCCGUGCUGUGGGGUUUUGCUUGUUUUGCGGGGAUUGUGCCAUUCCCCCUCCACCCCUCCACCCCGCAUACAACUCCCCCAAACACACAAGGAACCCGCAACAACCAAAAAGUCCGGCAAGAGGGAGAGAACACGAGCGAGGGAAGAACCCUCGGCGGGAGAGCCCGUUUCUUCGCAGAGACACGGUCCCGCUCCCAGCUGGUCCCAAAUGCAACUGCUCAUCCUCCUCCUGCUCUACGCCGUCGUCUGUGCGAACUUUUGCAGCCGUCAGGGCACCACCGCCCCUGCCCAGAGCGGAUCUAUAAAAGCCCUGCGGGCCUCCAACAUCAGGCGAGAUGAGAGCAAUCACCUCACAGACUUGUACCGAAAAGAAGAGACCAUCAGCGUGGCAGGGAAUGGCUGCAUCCACAGUCCUCGCUUCCCCAGCAGCUACCCCAGGAACCUCCUGCUGACGUGGCGGCUCCACUCCCCGGAGAGCACCAGGAUCCAUCUGGCUUUUGAUAAUCAGUUUGGACUGGAGGAACCUGAAAAUGACAUCUGCAGGUAUGACUUUGUGGAAGUAGAAGAUGUAUCGGAGACCAGCACAGUUAUACGAGGACGGUGGUGUGGACACAAGGAAAUACCUCCAAGAAUAACAUCAAGAACAAAUCACAUAAAGAUAACCUUCAAAUCUGAUGAUUAUUUUGUGGCUAAACCUGGAUUCAAGAUAUGUUACUCCCUUGUGUGUAGCUCGAAAGAGACAGAUUUUGCAAACACUCAGGAAAUGGAUGAUUUCCAGCAUGCAGCCUCAGAAACCAACUGGGAGUCAGUCACAAGCUCUGUCUCAGGGGUAUCCUAUCCCUCUCCAUCAGUGACUGAUGCUACGCUCACGGCAGAAGCACUGGAUCAAACCAUUGCUGCAUUUGACACGGUGGAGGAUCUGCUCAAACACUUUAACCCGGACUCCUGGCAAGAAGAUCUUGAGAAUCUGUACACAGACAGUGGCCACCAUUAUCGAGGCAGGAGCUACCACGACAGGAAGUCCAAAGUUGACCUGGACAGGUUGAAUGAUGACGUGAAACGUUACAGCUGCACUCCGAGAAACUACUCUGUCAAUUUAAGGGAGGAACUGAAGCUGACAAAUGUAGUUUUCUUCCCCCGCUGCCUCCUUGUCCAGCGCUGUGGAGGAAACUGUGGCUGUGGGACUCCCAACUGGAAAUCUUGCAUGUGCAUGUCAGGGAAAACAGUGAAAAAAUAUCAUGAGGUGCUGAAAUUCAUCCCUGAGGCUGGGCAUACCAGAAGAAAAGGCAGAAUCAGGAACAACAUGGCCUUAGUUGAUAUACAGCUGGAUCACCAUGAGCGUUGUGAUUGUAUCUGCAGUUCAAGACCACCCCGAUAAAAAAAAAAAGGAGGAAAAAAAAAGAAAGAAAGAGAGGAAGAAAGAAACAACAAA